GAGAACAUGACACGUAGCACAUAGAAAGAACAAUUUCUGUGUUUGUAAUUUUUCUAUUAACCAUUGAAGGGUUAGCGAGAUGAUAGAAAAUAUGGUAUAUGGAAAAACAAGAAAGAAGGCAUAAUGUAAUGGAGAAUCGCGACUCACAUUUUUCAUCAGCUAGCUUGGAAGCUGCAGAGGAUUAUGAGAUUGAAGAAAUUUCUCAACCGAAUAUUUCUGGUUUACGAACAAGAGAAGAAAUAUCUCUAGUCCAGAAUACUGAUUGGGAAGUUGGAGCUAAAGGGGAUGUAUCUGCAAAAGCUAAGAAUGAAGUACAAUCAUCACUAACCAAGCCAGUGGCUAAAACAUCAGCAAAUGUUGAGGACCCUGAAGUGCUUCCAAUAAAACGCAACGGUUUCCUUCAUUUAUUUUCUCUUAGAGAAAUCAACUCUUGCAUUCUGAUAUGCGAGAAUAAACGAGUCAUUUGUUCUGUCAUGAUUUCGUUUUUAGUUGUCCUAUCUUAUGCCCAUCUCCCGCAUAGUAUAGCAAGGUCAAAUAGCUUCAUUGCCUCAAGGCCACUUUAUAUACUGCUCCUAACUGAUUUGACAAUAGUGAUUGCACGAAUAGUCCGAAAGGAAGUAGUUCCUGAAGAAAGGGCCGAAGACAUGAGAGAACGAGUGAAGGAUUUUGGACAUAAUUGGGAUGGAGCUCUUACGAUAUUGGAAUACGGUUUGGUUUUCUAUCAGACAAUUCGUGCAAUCUUCAUAGACUGCAGCUUCUAUUUGGUUAUUGUUAUAUGUGGCUUUUCUCUCAUAUAGUUUUCCAUAGAGCUAUCUUGCUAAUUCUUUUGAAAUUGGUAAAGGAGGAGCUCAAGAUAAUUUGCUUUUUUACCAUUUAUUCACUAACUUUUUGCUUGUAUAAAAUGGCACGAGACCUCAUGUUCUAUGUAGCCGGUUCCAUUUUCCAAUUUUACUUUGUAAAUUAAUGUUUGAAUGGUUUAUAGAGGUGAUCAA